AUGUAUGCCCUGCCCGUGGGAAUCGUUUUCCUUUGCCUGGCGACGAUCACGGUCGCGCUGCGACUGUAUACGAGGCUGAGGUUGGUGAGGAAGCCGGGAUGGGAUGAUUUGUUGAUUGUGGUGUCGUUGGCCCUCUGGAUAACAAUCCCCCUCUACAACCUCACCCUAACCCUCACCAAGUUAUCCCUAAUAUUCCUCUACCGCCGCCUCUUCCCAACACACACCUACCGCAUCCUCCUCAUCCUGACCCUCAUCUUCGUCAUCAUCACCGGCCUCUGGAUGGUCCUCAGCACCCUCCUCUUCUGCAUCCCCAUCAACGCCUUCUGGGAUACCUCCCUGCCUCAUACAUGUCUCCCCGAGGAUGUGGUCUGGUGUCUCAACGCCGCGUUCCAAAUCACUACGGAUUUGAUCCUCGUGGUUUUGCCCUUGCCCAUCCUGGCGAGGUUGAAUCUGCCGAAGAGGCAGAAGGCUGCCCUGUUGCAGGAAACGGCCUCGCAGCAACCUGGUCCUUCAUCGAAUCCGCCGUCGCCAUAA